AACAACCACAGAGGUGUCCACAACAACCAAAGGGGUUGCAACACCAACCACAUCUGGUGCCACAACUACCACAGAGGUUGCCACAAGAAACAUGGAGUCUGCCCAAAUUACCACACUGGCUACGACAACUACCACAGCCUCUCCCAAAUCAAUCACAGAUGGUGAACCUUCAUCCACAUCUGCUGGCAUUACAACAACAGAGUUUGCCACAACAACCACAAAGUCUGCCUCAACAUACACAUCCUCACCAAACACCACCAAAGAAGUUCAAAUGACAUCCACCUCUUCUGUGACAGCAAACACAGGUGUUGAAACUACACAUGAAUUUGCCAGUACAAACAUAGAGGCUGCCACAACAACUACUUCUGGUCCCACAUCAAUGACAGUGGAAUCCGUAACAAAAUUCACAGGGUCUGAAACAUCAUCCGCAUCUGCUGCCACAACUACCACAAAUUCUGCCACAACAACAACAUCCUCACCACAAACCACUAAUGAAGUUGUAAUGACAUCCACAUAUUCUAUGACAGCAAACAGUGUUGUUGAAACCACAACUGAAACUGCCAGUACAAACACAGAGUUUGCCACAAUAACUAUUGCUGGUUCCACACCAACGACAAUACUAUCAGAAACAACAUCCACUGGCACAGAAAUAUCAUCCACAUCUGCAGCCACAUCUAACACAGAGGAUUCCACAAAAAACACAGAGUCUCCUGCAUUGACCACAUUGUCUUCCACAGCAAUCACAUUCUCUCCAGAAACAACCACACAAGCUGAAACUUCAUCCACAUUUGCUGCCACAACUGGCAAACAGUUUGCCACAACAAACUCAGAGACCGUCCCAACAACCACAGAGGUGUCCACAACAACAAAAGGGGUUGUAAUAUCAACCAUUUCUGGUGCCUCAACUAACACAGAGGUUUCCACAAUAAACACAGAGUCUGCCACAUUGAACACAGUGGCAUCCACAGCAAUCACAUUCUCACAUGAAACAACCACACCGGCUGAAACUUCAUCCACAUUUGCUGCCACAACUGGCAAACAGUUUACCACAACAACCACAAAGCCUGCCUCAACAUACACAUCCUCACCAAAAACCACCAAAGAAGAUGUACUGACAUCCACCUCUUCUGAGACAGCAAACACAGGUAUUGAAACUACACAUGAAUUUGCCAGUACAAACUCAGAGGCUGCCACAACAACUACUUCUGAUCCCACAUCAACGACAGUGAAAUCCGUAAUAACAUCCACAGUGUCUGAAACAUCAUCCGCAUCUGCUGCCACAACUACCACAAAGUCUGCCACAACAACAACAUCCUCACCACAAACCACUAAUGAAGUUGUAAUGACAUCCACAUAUUCUACGAAAGCAAACAGUGGUGUUGAAACCACAACUGAAACUGCCAGUACAAACACAGAGGUUACCACAAUAACUGAUGCUGGUUCCAUACCAACGACAAUACUAUCAGAAACAACAUCCACUGGCACAGAAAUUUCAUCCACAUCUGCAGCCACAUCUAACACAGAAGUUUCCACAAAAAACACAGAGUCUCCUGCACUGACCACAUUGGCUUCCACAGCCACCACAUUCUCACCAGAAACAACCACACAAGCUGAAACUUCAUCCACAUUUGCUGCCACAACUGGCAAACAGUUUUCCACAACAACCACAGAGACUGCCCCAACACCCACAGAGGUGUCCACAACUAACAAAGGGGUUGAAAUAUCAACCAUAUCUGGUGCCUCAACAAACACAGAGGUUUCCACAAAAAACACAGAGUCUGCCGCAUUGACCACAGUUGCUUCCACAGCCACCACAUUCUCACCAGAAACAACCACACAAGCUGAAACUUCAUCCACAUUUGCUGCCACAACUGGCAAACAGUUUGCCACAACAAACACAGAGACUGCCCCAACAACCACAGAGGUGUCCACAACAACAAAAGGGGUUGUAAUAUCAACCAUUUCUGGUGCCUCAACUAACACAGAGGUUUCCACAAUAAACACAGAGUCUGCCACAUUGAACACAGUGGCUUCCACAGCAAUCACAUUCUCACAUGAAACAACCACACCGGCUGAAACUUCAUCCACAUUUGCUGCCACAACUGGCAAACAGUUUGCCAAAACAAACACAGAGAGUGCCCCAUCAACCACAGAGUUGUCCACAACAACCAAAAGGGUUGCAACACCAACAACUUCUGGUGCCACAACUAACACAAAGUCUGCCACAACAACAACAUCCUCACCACAAACCACUAAUGAAGUUGUAAUGACAUCCACAUAUUCUACGAAAGCAAACAGUGGUGUUGAAACCACAACUGAAACUGCCAGUACAAACACAGAGUUUACCACAAUAACUGAUGCUGGUUCCAUACCAACGACAAUACUAUCAGAAACAACAUCCACUGGCACAGAAAUUUCAUCCACAUCUGCAGCCACAUCUAACACAGAAGUUUCCACAAAAAACACAGAGUCUGCCACAUUGAACACAGUGGCUUCCACAGCAAUCACAUUCUCACAUGAAACAACCACACCGGCUGAAACUUCAUCCACAUUUGCUGCCACAACUGGCUUACAGUUUGCUACAACAACCACAGAGACUGCCCCAACAACCACAGAGGUGUCCACAACAACCAAAGGGGUUGCAACACCAACCACAUCUGGUGCCACAACUAACACAGAGGUUGCCACAAGAAACAUGGAGUCUGCCCAAACUUACCACACUGGCUUCGACAGCUACCACAGGCGUCUCCUGUAA